UGUCAAACCAUUUCCUCUAUGACUCUUAUGCGACAACAGAACAAAAUGUUUGUGGUUCUCCACUCAAUAAGACGUGGUCUUCUCAAUCCGACGUAACCGGGGCCUCUGCAGAGAAUAACAGUUUGGAAGCAAAAAUAAAUAAAAAAUCAGUAAAAAUGGAGAUUAGUUACUUCAACAUUGUUACUAUUAUUGGAGUGGUUGUUUAUAUGAAUGCAGAAUUGGUAUCAGGAAGACGAUUAAGACGACUGCGAGAGGGAAAAAUCAAGCUUGACCAAGAUGCGCUGCAAGAGAGAAACAGAGCAAUUAUUGAUAUGGAAGCGGAGAGUACUAGAACAGUUCAGACUGGUCGAAGUCUGACCACAUAUGACAACUCUUAUACUGAGUGGUCCGAAUGGACACGAUGUACCAACAAAUGCAGACAAAGGAGGGCGCGGAAAUGCACUGACUCAAAUAUAUGUGGAGAUAGUGUGCUGAAAGAAAAACGAUAUUGUUACAAAAAACAAGCAAAAUGUGCUAAAAGAGGAUCGAGAUUAAACAAGAAGAAGUCAGCCAGAUGGUUGGAAGAUAUUGUUUAUGAGCUUUUAUAUAAUGAUUGGAGUGAGUGGGGCGCUUGUACAAGAUCUUGUAAAACGAGGAGGACUCGAUCAUGUGCCAUUAAGAAAUGGUGUCGUCAUACUGUUUUGCAAGAGGAACGCAAAUGUUACGCUUCCGGAGGAGCGUGUGAGAAACGCAAUGAUGAAAUGGAAUCGGAGGAAGUGAAUAGGCCAAAUGAUGAAGAAGAAGGAAAAUCUGAUAGAAAUGAAAAGCCAAAGGGUCCUGGGAAACAUGACAAACCCGAAAAAUCUGAUAAACCCGUAAAAACAGAUAAACCUGAAAAAGCAGAUAAAACAGAACGACCAGAGAAAUCAGAGAAGAAAGACAAUAAGCCAUCAAAAAAUCCAAAAGACUCGGAAGAAGAAUCAGAUGCACCUAAAGUGAACUUUGCAGAUGUUGAAAAGAGUUGUGGGAUUCGAGAUGUAACAAGUUCAUUACGGAUCGUUGGCGGAAAUAUUGUGAGACGCGGAAGUUGGCCUUGGCAGGUUGCCGUUAUGACGAGAUGGAAAGAACAAUACUGUGGUGGCACCCUUAUCCAUCCCCAGUAUGUGGUCACGGCAGCACAUUGCUUGAGAAAAAAGGGAAGGCGACGUAGGGUCCUUGUCAGAGUAGGCGAGCAUGAUUUCGGAGAUUUUGAAGGAUCAGAAAUAGACAUCCGUAUUGCUCAAGAUUUUGUCCAUAAAGAUUUCGAUCUGGAGACAAUAGACAGCGAUAUUGCUGUUCUAAAACUAAAAACUCCCGUAGAAAAAAGCAGAUUUAUUGAUUUUGCUUGUGUCCCACCAUCUAACAUGACAAUCACCCCAGACAUGAGGUGCUACGCAGUUGGGUGGGGAAAAAUGAAGGCGUCUCAUGUAUUUGGGACGGAUGUUUUGCGUGAGGUACAAAUCCCCGUUGUGGACAAAGAGACUUGUCAAAAAGCCUUUGACUAUGACAUUACCUCAAACCAAUUAUGCGCCGGUUAUGAAACUGGUGGAAUUGACUCAUGUGCGGGAGAUAGUGGAGGUCCGUUGCUCUGCCAGGCAAACUUGGAUGGUACUGCGAGGUGGUACGUUUAUGGCGUCACCAGCUUCGGAGAAGGAUGUGGAGCCAAAGGGAAAUAUGGUAUUUAUGCAAAAGUGACCACAUUUUCAGAGUGGAUUCGAAGUAUUGUGUCAUAAAUCAAUCUAUUUACCCGGUGAUUUUAUGGUAGCUAUACGAUAAGGGAUUUCUCACCUGAAUGUGUAAUACUGGUCAUCACCAAGUUAAAAAAACGUUCUGAGAUAUUGGUAAAACGCCCCCUCGUUCGGCAACUAAAUUAGGACGAGUGAGUUAUAAAAACCAGAGAGGACCCAAGAAAACAAAAAGUUAAUCUAAUUGUCACUAUUAUACUUUUGUAUUGUGAAACUCUUGAAACAAUUGAAAUAACGGUGUCGCCGCUGUAAUUUUUCACAGUAGUGGCCAAAAUAUUGAAUGGUUCUUUUAACGGAACUAUUGUGAAUUUAACAUUUAAGAGUCUAUAUUCAAAUAAAUAUACAAUAGUUUUAAUAUACGUGCAAUUAUCAUUAUU